GCCGACGAUGGCGCGUUGCAUCAACGCGUGCGAGACCCGGUUCGGUCGCUACAGUACCACGAUCCUCGCCGUGUUUUUUGCGGUCCUCUUCAUUGGCAUGAUGCGCCUCGUCGGCCUCUACAUGGUGCUCUUGGCGCUUGCCGGCGUGCUUGGCGCAGCAGCCGGCGUUGGUGCCACCCUCCGCUUCCACAGAUUCCCGUCCAGUACCGUCACGUCCAAGACCGACGACUUCAUUUCGGCUUCCCCGGGGUUAACAUUAUCUCCAGCCUAUAGUCCGUCACCCAAAGGUCAUUGCCAGGAAUCGUGA